CCGGUCUUUACUGGCUAUCGACGUAGAUAGGGCGUCAAGCGGCACGACAACAGCGACAAUGGCGGCGAGAUCCAGCUUCAAAUUGGUGCUGCUCGGCGAAUCAGCAUGCGGCAAGUCCUCGCUCGUGCUUCAAUUCGUCAAGCAGGAAUUCUCGGAGUACAGAGAAUCGACGAUUGGGGCGGCCUUUCUGACUCAGAUCGUGUCACUGGACGAGAACACGACGAUCAAGUUUGAGAUAUGGGAUACCGCUGGCCAGGAGAGGUAUCGCUCGCUCGCGCCCAUGUAUUACAGAGGCGCACAGGCUGCUGUCGUCGUCUAUGACAUCACGAGCGAGGGCACGCUCGACAAGGCGAAAGCGUGGGUCAAAGAGUUACAACGCCAGGCAGAUCCCUCUAUCGUCAUUGCGCUCGCGGGCAAUAAAGUGGAUCUGGCGGAGACGCGAAGGGCAAUUCCGAGAGAGACAGCGGAGAAGUAUGCCCAAGAGGAAGGCUUGCUCUUCUUCGAGACCUCCGCCAAGGAAGCUACCAAUGUGACCGAGCUCUUCAAAGAGCUAGCAACAAAGAUGCCGUUGGAUCGUGCGGCUGCUCAGCCCGGAAGGGGCAGAGUCGACCUGGACACGUCCGCCAAGGGACCACUCGACUCUUGCGCAUGCUAGUCGACUCUCCUGCUCAGUCUCAUGUCACGUCUAGCCUCUGGCGCGCCUGUUGCUAUAUCGCACUCUUGUACUCAUUCUCUGUACAUACGUCGCUCGUACGCUGCGAGCAUGCAGUCUGUACAGAGUGGCACUACAGGAACUUUGAGUCAUCUAC